AUGUCCAUCGUUAGUACAAGUCACUAUCUACGUAGGAUUGCCCGUCGACUGAGAUCUCCUCCGCCGUACUCCGGUCGUCUCCUGUUUUCCGGUCAUCCAGCAGACAUCUCAAUUUCUUUUAUCACAAAUUACUCAGAAUUGAAGUAUAACAAAUCGAGCAAUUCAGCCCUAAAUCAUAUCAACAUUCUCAAUUUACGGCCCUGUUGUCAUGAGUUCUUCGGCAGUAAGCGCCUGUUUGCUGAGAAUUUUGAUUCGUGUUCAUUCUUUUUUGUUCGAUAUCAUAUCCAGAUCUAUUUAAAUGGUCCGAACAUGUUUGCAGGAUUUACAAAACUUUGUAAAGGCCUAGUGUUUGUUCUUGUUUGUAUACACAUUUCUGUUCAGAUCUUCCCUACAUCCCUUACCUAUGUUGCACUCAUUCCUGCCAGGACAAUUCCUUUCGGUUGGAAUCUGUUAACAGCUGGGUAUAUUGAACAAAGCAUACAUGGGAUUCUUAUUAGCACAAUGGGUCUUCUUUUCAUUGGAAAGCUCCUUGAACCCAUCUGGGGUUCUAGAGAGUUCUUGAUAUUCAUCUUUGUUGUCAAUCUCUUGACUUCUCUGUGUCUAUUCAUCAUGGCGAUCUCCUUGUAUUACAUAACAAUGGAAGAAAAUUAUCUUUACAUGCCUAUUUCUGGAUUUGGUGGGGCCCUUUCAGGUCUGUUUGUUGGUGUCAAACAGAUAGUUCCUGACCAAGAAUUCUCUCCAUUGAGAAUUAAAGCAAAGUGGUUGCCAUCUUUGGUGUUAUUUGUGUCCAUUGUUAUGAGCUUCUUUACAGAAGAGCCAGCAGAAACAUGUUUUCCAAUCUUGAUAUUUGGCACGUAUAUUGGUUGGAUCUACCUCAGAUACUUUCAAAGAAAACAAGAAACUAAAAUCAAGGGUGACCCUAGUGAUGAAUUUGCUUUUUCUACUUUAUUUCCUGAAUUUUUAAGACCUUUGAUUGAUCCCAUUGCUUCAGUUUUUCAUCAAAUGAUGUGUGGAAGGUCUGAAAGCUCCAUUGAGACAAGGGGGUAUACUGUAGGUAGUGCUGCAUUACCUGGUUCUGACUCCAUUGAGGCAUCUAGGAGAAGGGAAAGGGGUGCAAGAGCAUUGGAAGAAAGAUUGGCAUCUGACAGAUUUGCAGCUAAAGGAAGGAUAACAGAGCCCAAAAGAGAUGGAAGUGAAAAAGUUUAAAGAUGAAAAAAAAAAAAAUGGGAAAUUUCUCAAUAUGCAAGUAUAUUAGGCCUUAGAUCAUUAUGAUUCUUUUGUUUUUUUGGGUGGGAUGAAAAGUAAAAUGUUUUCUCUCAUUCACAUUAGUUUUAGUUGGAGUCAAUUGCAUGUCAAACACAGUACAAAGUGGUUAUGAGAUGUUUUGCUAGUUAUGUCAUAAAUGCAAUUGGCAAAAUAGAUGUGAAGGUUUUAUCACUUUGAACAUUUUUUUAUAGCUUGGAUCAAAUUACCAUUUUAUAUUCAAGAAUCGGGUUGAUUCUAGAAAAAGUAAAGAGAUUACAAUGAUUAAGAAGGAUAACAAAACUUAUCUACACAUGAAAAUGUGAAAUUACAAAGAAACAAAAGUCCAUUGUUAUUACAAAGAUAACAUCCGGGUCCUAAAGUGUUUAUACCAUGAGGUACAAAGAUAACAUCUAUAUACAAAAAAAAGAAAUUAUGCACAUCGGCGAUAGGUGCUAAUGAUAUAAAUCUUAUUUUGUUAAUUUAACUAAAUAAAAUAAAUCUAUUUCAAUAAUAUCAUCCUAUUUUCUUCCAUUUUUCCAAACGAACUACUAUUGAAAAAUUAAGAGCUAACUUGUUAGUAGAGCUGAUAAUGGAUCGAUCUGGAUUGGGUUCUGAUUCAACCCAUUUAUUAAUUGGGUUGAAAGUUCUCAACCCAACCCAACAUGUUUAUUUAAAUGGGUUGAUAUUUCCAACUCAAUCCAACCUUUUAGAUAAAUUGGUUGUCACUAGGUUAACAUGUUUAUGUAGUUCCCGACCCAACCUACUACAUAAAUUGGUUAAACUUAGGUUAACUCAUUUAAAAAUAAAUUAACUAAAGAUUAUAUCAUUUAAAUUAGUUUCAAACGUAAAUAAAGUUUCAAAGUAUGACAAAAGUA